AUGGUUUCUUUUAUUCAAUGUGCUUCAUACAUCAAUGUCUACAAUUUUUUUCAGAUCUGGUUCUCUGUAGCUAUCUCCGAUUGCCCUAUGGACUAUGGUUCUGCUGGUUCUGUUUUCUGCUGGAAUUUCUCUUGCACCUGUGGUGGUCCUUCAAGGCGGAGCUGCUGUGUCAGAUUCAACAUUCUCAUAGGAAGGCAUGGGAUUACCUUCCCUGGGCUAUCCUCCUCAUUUUUCUUGAGGGAGGCUGACUCUUCUUAUUCCUGGUUCUCUGCAUCUGGCGCUUGGCUGGAGGACUGGUUCAUGCGCUUAUUUCCUGCACUUAUUUCCUUGUUGCUCCCCGAUGUUGCUGCUUUGCCCCUUCAGCUUUGGUGA